AUGCCUGACCUCCAAAUCAAAAAAAUCGAUGUAUUCCAAGUGGACUUGCCCUACUCGGGUGGUGUCUAUCAUCUCUCCGGGGGACGAGAAUAUACCUCUUUCGACGCCACCAUCGUACGAAUCACCACGCAAACCGGCAUCGAAGGCUGGGGCGAAAGCACCCCCUUCGGUUCAACUUUUGUUGCCGCCCAUGCACUUGGUGUUCGAUCAGGUAUCGCCGAGAUCGCACCGAAACUCAUUGGGCUUGACCCGCGACGAGUCGACCGCAUCAAUGAAGUCAUGGAUGCAGCACUGGUUGGCCACGAGCAUGCCAAAGCAGCUCUCGAUAUAGCCUGCUGGGAUAUAUUCGGCAAAUCCGUGGGGCUUCCAGUGUGCGAAUUACUUGGCGGUCGUACAGAGCUUGCACUCCCUGUGAUCUCCUCCAUCCAUGUUGGCGAGCCGGAAGAAAUGCGUGCGCGUGUAGCCCAGCAUCGAGACAUGGGCUAUCUGGGUCACUCGAUCAAAGUUUCUGGAGAGCCAGUCUCCGACUCUGCUCGUCUCCAGUCAUCUCUCGCUGAUAAAAGGCCGGGAGAAUUCUUCAUUGUGGAUGCCAACUGUGGCUUCACAGUUGAAACUGCACUUCGUAUGUUAAGACUUCUCCCAGACGGGUUGGACUUCAUCUUAGAAGCGCCUUGUGCUACGUAUCGAGAAUGUGUCUCUCUUCAUCGCAGGACAAAUAUUCCAAUUCAUAUCGAUGAACUCGCAAUAUCCGAGGCUUCUAUAAUGCAACUUAUCGCCGAUGACGCCGCAGAAGGAAUAGGGAUGAAAAUCACCAAGAAUGGCGGUUUGACCAAAUCUCGCCGUAUUCGCGACAUUUGUCUGGCUGCUGGGUAUACUUUCAGCGUCCAGGAUACUGUCGGCUCAGACAUUGCUUUUUCUGCUAUUGUCCAUCUGGGUCAAACUGUCCCGGAGAAAUUCUUGCGUUGCGUCCUGGAAACUCGUGAUAUGGUGACGCUCAAGACGGCAGAUGGUCCAUUCCACGUUAAUGGAGGCCGUAUAACAGCACCCAAUGUACCGGGUUUAGGAGUCCAACCUCGCCUCGAUGUCCUUGGGCAGCCAGUAGCUAGUUAUUUCUAA